ACAAAAACGACCUGGACAAGUCCAGAGCGAAGAGAUAUGGCUGCCGCUGGGCAACCUCUGGAGCCCGAUACAUUUGAUUCGGACUCGGCAAUCUCGGAGCUUCGGAAUGGCAGUACCGACUCGCCUACCCCGAGUAUGUUGACGGUGCUGGAGGAGAAUGGCAGGACAUAUCACGCAAUGAGUUCCGGGAAAUACCCGUUUCCCAACGACAUUGUCGAGCAGGAACGCCUAGAUUUCCAACACCUCAUGUGGAGUGUGACGCUGGGCGACAAGCUGUGCUUAUGUCCUAAGGACUCACAAAAGGCAAAGCGCGUGCUGGACGCCGGGACGGGCACCGGGAUCUGGGCGAUGGAUUACGCGGACGCACAUCCGGAAGCCAAGGUCAUUGGUGUAGAUCUGAGCAACAUCCAACCAAAAUGGACCCCUCCGAACUUGACAUGGGAGCUGGAUGACCUAGAGCAAAAUUGGACUUGGUCUCAGCCGUUCGAUUUCAUCUUCGUCCGCAUGCUAGCAGGGAGUCUCAAAAACUACCAAGACUUUAUAAACCAAGCCUUCGAAAACCUUGAACCAGGCGGCUACCUGGAAAUGCAAGACCUCUCCCUCCCCUAUCGCUGCGACGACGCAUCCCUAACGCCAGACUCCCCAAUCCACAAACUCUCCGACCUUUUUCUCAGAGGCGGCCGCGUCACAGGCCGCAACAUGGACGCGGCGCCCACCUACGCCGCCCUCAUGCGCACCGCGGGCUUCGUCGACGUCCAAGAACGACAGUUCAAGUGGCCCGUCAACGCGUGGCCGCGCGACCCGCACUUCAAGACCUUGGGCGCGUACACGCACUGUAACCUCGACCACGGGCUCGAAGGGUUGACGUUGGGGCUCGCGACGAGGAAUUUGGGGUGGAGUAAAGAGGAGACGCUGCUUUUUUGCGCGACGGUGAGGAAGAGUUUGAGGAGCCAUAAGGUGCAUGCUUAUGUUCCUUUGUAA